AUAUAUUAAUUUUCUUUUUUUUCUUUUUAUCGAACCCUCCCAGUCCCAACUCCAAUCGGGAACUCACGACUCACGAGAUAGCCUCCCCUCUACACUCCUCACGCACGCCAAUCUCACUCUAUCUAUCACUCUGCCCCUCUCGUCCGGUCACCGGCCUGCCUCCAUUGAAGCUUCCGUUCGCCGUCCGCCGUUUGAAAUCUCUGCCGUUUUCUUAUGCUUUGUGCAGGCUUGUCUCUACAACCAGAGUGUAUGAUGGUAUUCUAACCAUAGGAAAAGAUGUUGUAUAAAGUACUGCAGAAGUCCAGGUAUUGGGAUCCUGGGCUCUCUUCUCCUUGUCCCCUCAAAUACAUCCUUAGGAACUUUUCUUUAUGGUCAAUGAAGAAAGAUCCUGACCUUGAAUCAGCUCUAUCUCGUAAUCGUCGAUGGAUUGCCAAUAACCAAAUCAAGAAUAUCAUCCUUCGUUGCCCCGAUCAGGCAGCACCUGUUAAAUUUCUCCAAAAGAAGUUUAAAACCCUCGACCUUCAAGGAAAAGCCCUUAACUGGCUGAAAAAGUACCCUUGCUGCUUUGAAGUUUAUCUCGACAAUGACGAGCACUACUUCCGGCUGACAAAGAGGAUGAUGGCUUUGGUUGAAGAGGAAGAAGUUGUCAAAGAUAUGCAGGAGCCUGCUAUUGUCAAGCGUUUGACAAAAUUGCUGAUGAUGGCUUCGAAUCAGAGACUAAAUGUCGUGAAACUCAGCGAAUUAAGGCGGAAUUUUGGGCUCCCGGAUGACUUCUUGAUAAGAAUCAUUCCCAAACAUUCAGAUAUAUUUCGGAUUGUAAAUUAUACUGGAAAAAAGAACUCAAUGGAAAUAGAACUCAUAUCUUGGAAACCAGAACUAGCAAUUUCCAGCAUAGAAUCUUCAGCUUGCAAGCAUGGGGUUGAGCCAGCUUUCUCAUGCUCACUGCCAACAACUUGGGUAAAUUCAUGGGAAAAGUUCAAUGAAUUUAAUGCCUCUCCAUAUGUUUCACCAUAUGUAAACCCUGCAGGCUUGGUGCAAGGUACCAGAGAGAUGGAAAAGAGGACAGUGGGGUUAAUUCAUGAGAUAUUGUCAUUGACAUUAUGGAAGAAAGCAUCAAUUAUAAAGCUUGGACAUUUCACCAAGGAAUUUGGUCUGCCAUUGAAGCUGAAUGCAUUACUGCUUAAGCACCCUGGCAUAUUCUAUGUCUCAAACAAGUAUCAGAUCUACACUGUUGUUCUUAGAGAAGGUUAUAAUGGAUCAGAACUGAUUGAGAAAGAUCCAUUAGUGGUUGUUAAAGAGAAGUUUGGAGAAUUGAUGCAGGAGGGACUUCAUGAAUAUAACAAGAGACAUCAUUUGAUGAAUUUAGAAAAGAAAAGAAUGAAGGGAAUGCUUUUGGGCAGGUCAGAGAAGAACAAGAGGAAAGAUUUUGAAACAGAUGAUUCUAAUGGUCAAGGAAAUAAUCUAGGAGGUUUACUUGAGCCAGAGGAAAGGAAAAGAUUCUAUCAGUCUCUCUUUGAUGAUGAUCCUACAUGACUGAUAGGUAGGUACUCGCUGGAACUUCUAGGCUUAAUUUUCUGUAAUCACGUUCAUAGUACCUCACCUCAUUUCACUGUUUGUUUCGUGCUUGGAAGUUAAAACCAUUUGUGUCUACACUUUUAAAUGAUAUUCUCAUAUCAUUAAAAUUGGUAUCACAUGUGCAUUCUUUCUUUU